UGAGAUUUCAUCUUUCCUAAGAUUACCGUCCUCCGGAAAAAAGGAACUCUUAUUAUACGGAGAUAACGAGACUGAAUGUUCAACUAAUGAACGGUUAUAGGACUAUCAUCAGCGAGCUCAGUCUUAGGAUGACUUCACCUAUCAUAAAAGCCACGUAAUGAAAGGAAAGAGGAGAAACGACUUUCCGAAUAGAGCUGGUGUUGACUCCAUGAAACUCCGACCUGGUGUUGACUCCAUGAAACUCCGACCAAGAGAUUCUGUCCCCUCGAAAAAAGUUGAAGACGAGCUGCUGCAAAAGAGUCACGUCUUUACUCUGACAGAGAGCGAGAUAGAACGCCAGGUAUUCCAGCUACGAUAUCACAGCUGGGACGAUGCGUAUUACAGACUUGGGUCCACAACGGCCGCUAUUCAAGGCUGGGACAAUGGCGUCUACGCAGCCGUCAAUAUCCACAGACAAGUACAGGAAGACGAGAUGGUUUAUCUGACGAGAAAGUCUGGUCACCAAGAGGCAUCCAUCAGCUGGAAGGUUGAUCUUAUAGACACUGGUCUGGUUGUGGACUCCAUCCAAGCACUCACACUCAGCAGAACUCUAAAUGGAGGAAUAGUCACCUAUGACAUUGUCAGCCCGGAUGCCAAACCAGACAUUGAAAACCUAGGGAGGGUGACCAACGGCUGGCAGACAAUCUACCUCAUUGCUUAUCUGAGCGGUGACUCAAGCCAUGGUUGCCAAGAACAGACUCAACUCCUUUACCAAGAUUACCUUGACGUCAGUGACGCUCCCAACACCUUCCCACUAGAUAUAUUAAUAACACUAAAGCCACUGCAAGAAAAUCUAUGCACAUGCGGAGGUCAACCAGUGCCAUUCUCACAGGUGAAAAUAGAACAGGACACUCCUAAGAUUCACACAGCAACAAUAGAAAAUUGCACAUGCUAUUUCCCUCAGCACUCUCCAAAUAUAACCCAGGAUGUUGCUACCAGUCAACAGGGAACAAUAAAACACCUCGAUACUGCACUAUAUGACAAUGAGGACACCGGUGGUAGUGCACCUCUUAGCAUUGUGAACCAACAUGAAAUCAGUCUUCCUGGUACCCCGGUACACAGAAAACACUACGGGCGAAAGUUAAGCCCAGGGAGCCACCGGAGUCACAAACUAAACAAGAAGAACAAGAUUCAGAAUAAAGCAAUAGCGCCCUCGUGGGACAGAGCGAGUUAUGACAACUCGGGGAUGGAUUCGCCCACGGAUGUUUACGAGAGCAAUAGUGUGAAGGACGGGAGUGAGCCGGAGUUAAGAGUGCUGGAGGAGGGUAGCCUGGAGAUGCUAGAGACGAGAGAGGGAGGAAGGUCCAAGCUUGCUUGGUCAGACGGAAGACGGAAGGACAUUAAGGCACCGGUGGUCGCUGAGGACACACACAGUACAAGGAGACGCUUUUGCAAAGGAUCCAUGUGCACGAUAUCAUAGAACUUUAGCCAAGUCGGUGAUCGCAACUAUCAAUGUCAUCCUGCUGUCUUUCACUCCUAAAUACAGACUAAUUUUCUUUUACGUGAACUGCCACAAAACAUGUAUGACACGAACCACAAUUGAGACCUUAGUGAAUGAAAAUGCCAUCAAGAUAAUCCAACGAUAUGGCAGCAUCACACAAACAAUGGCCUCAAAGUGGUGGUUUAAUAGUGACACAACAUCCCUCCAUACACAUCGCCAAACUAAGUCAGCAAGCACAAUUUACUUCAGAAAAUACUUAAAAGCAAACUAUGGUGACCUCAGCCCAGUGAAUGAAUUUAUCAGCGAGAAAA